CAGGAGCGGACUGACCAUUUGGAAACUUGGGCACUGUCCGAGGGCCCGGGGUCAGUAGGGGGCCCCAUGAGAUGCCCCUGGUUCCUUUUUCAUAGGCUUUUUUGAGUUUGGGCAAGGACACAGGGGCCCCAUGAUCCCCUAUUGCCUGGGGGCCCCAUGAGUUGUCAGUCCGCCCCUGUGCUCCUGUGUCCAUCAGUGCUAGCAGUCAGUGCCACCCAUCAGUGCUGCUUAUCAGUGCCCAUCAGUGCUGCCUAUCAGUGC